AUGAAUUAAGUUAAUAAUCCUAUUGAAAUUAGUCAUAAUGAUAAUGAUUAAUUGUUAACUGAGAGAGAUAUUAAGCUGGAUAAUUAAGACAGACUACCAGGAUUUACAUAAGAAUAUCAUUGUAAGAUAGUUAACAAACUCAAUUUUAAACAGACUAAAUUCAUGCUGAUCUUUAUGACACUUGAAUUUUACCUUUCUAUAGGACUAGUUUUGUAUUUGUAUCUUACAGAUAAUGAUAAUUUCUAUGAAGUUUAUACAUUCUUUCCUUAUGUGCUUAUGACAGUUUUGCUAGUAGAAAUAAUCCUCAAGAUAAGUAUUAACUUUAACAUAAGGAGAGAAGCAAUUUUAUUUUAUACCAACAUUAACACUGUUAAGAAUAAGAAUAAUAAAAAGAACAAAAACGAUUCCAAGAUGAAUUUUUGCUGUAGCUUCUCCUUUUCUUGGUUGCAUGGCUUGUUUCAGUUAGAAAUACUAUACAUCAACAAUCUUUUAUAGAGCUUGGUUGAAUUUACUUUGAAUGAAGUAGAAUAUGAAAACGAGUAAAAUCAAAUGAGAGAAUAGGAAUCCCUCCAUUAAUCAAUUUAGUAAAUGUAUUCCUAUAUCAAGUUUAGAUAAUUAUACAUUAUGAUGAAGCUAAGCAUAUUUCUAUUAUUACUAAACAACUACCCAGAAUAUUGCAUAUAGGCUUUAGUUCUAUGCUUAUAUAUUGCAUAUUUAACAGUGCUAAAUACCUGGGUAAACUACCACUUUGCUGUAGUGUACUUGUUUUGUAGAGCUUCAAUACUUUCUAAGAGCGAUUUUCUUAGUUUGAUCGCUGAAAUCAGCAUUAAAUGUUUGCAUAGCGCAAUGUUUCUCUAUCUCAUUACUCAUAUUAGUGGCGUAAAAAUUAUUGUUUCAUCUAUUUUUAUCAGCGUUUGUUCCAUACUAGCAGCAGCAACUACUGUUUAGAUGAACAAUGAAUUUGAUGAUCAAUAGCAAGGAGUCUUUGAUAUGCUCUUCUUAGGGUUCUCUGUGAACUAUUAUGUAGGUUUAAAGCAUAGAGAAUAUUUUGUUAAAAAAGUAGGUUAUCAGUAUAAAAUAGAUCUAUUAAAGCAAAUAGUUAUUUUAUGUAUACAGAUUGCAAUCAUUAUUGAUUAUUAUGAAACUAAUAUAGCGGGAUUAAGAUUAUAGUAAGAGAUUAUAAUAGGAUUAUCUUCUGUGUUAUCCCUAUUUAGAGUUUGCAUGACUAUCUUCAAAAUUUCAUACUACCUUAAGCCAAAGUAAGUAUUAAUACGUCUGAAAACUUUUUCUGGAAUUCCUCAUUUCAUAGAAGAAACCCUUAAAUCUCCUUAAUCUUUAAACUUUAUCCCUAACAAUAACACAAUUCUAAUAAAAUAACAACAAUAAUUUGGAUCUGCAAGCAGUUUGAACUGUUGCAGCAUAAUAAUAAAAGAUGUGGAGCAAGAGCUAAUAUAGUAAAAUAAAGAAAAAGCUCUCAGACUUCAACGCGAAAAGAUGAUCAAAGAUAAAAUCAUUUCUAAAUUAGAGCUAUCUCCCUACAAAUUAACCUUCUACUCUGAAUAAGGCAUUUACGAAUUAGUGUAAAGUCGUGAGCUAAAAUUCAUGUUAAGCGAGCUAAUUAAAUACAAAAAGACUGAAUUUAUCUUUCUGAUUUCUAACUAAAUUAAAAUAUUAAACUAGUACGGACACAUAAACGUACUCAUCCACAGGUAUAACAAGGAGCUAAUAGAGUUUAUAGAAAGUUACUUGAUGCCAGAAGCACAAAGCAUUUAAAUUGAUUCCUGCUAUUAAAAUAACUCUGAUGUAUUUAUUUAAUUAAUGCUUCUCUACAAUACAAUUGACAAAGAAUUUAAUUUAAACACUAAAAUGAUUCUUUAGCCCUAAGACAUGCUAAAUAAGCUUCCAAUAACUCAAAAUUAAAAAACAAAAUAUUAAAAAGUAAUAAAAAAUCUCACUAACUCUAAAAUCAUAACCAUGCUUAAAAUAAUAGCUAUGAAUAAUUAUAUUUCUCCCUCUUUGCUAAUAAAUCCAUGCUAUGUGCUUUUUGACUUAGCAAAUAUUGAUUGA